AUGAAGUUCUCCAUCAUUGCUCUGGCUUUGGGUCUCGUUUCCCUCACUUCCGCGCGUAGAAGCGCCCAGCAUGUGGGCAAGAAGCUCCCACAGCUCAAGCGAGCUCCAGCGCCUCACGCGCACCCUGUUGUGCCAGAACUCGAGAAGCGAGCAGCACCGCACAAGUUCUUGAACAAUGCCACCAAAAAAUAUGCGGUCAAUGGCACCGGAAUCCCUGAUGUGGAUUUUGACGUGGGCGAAUCCUAUGCCGGCCUCUUGCCUAUCUCCAGCGAAAAGAAUGCUUCGGAGCUGUACUUUUGGUUUUUCCCUUCGUCGAACCCGAAUGCGACCAAUGAGAUCCUGAUUUGGUUGAAUGGCGGUCCUGGGUGCAGCUCCCUAGAAGGCUUCCUGCAAGAGAACGGACCGUUCCUCUGGCAAUACGGUACAUUCAAGCCAGUGCGCAACCAAUGGUCGUGGACAAAUCUGACGAACGUGGUGUGGGUUGAGCAACCUGUUGGCACCGGCUUCAGUCAGGGCACCCCGACAGCAACGUCGGAGGCAGACGUGGCUUCGCAGUUCCUUGGCUUCUUCAAGAACUUUGUCGAGCUUUUCUCAAUGCAGGGCUACACCGUCUACAUCGCCGGCGAAUCCUACGCAGGGUACUACGUGCCUUAUAUUGCCGACGCCAUGUUCAAUGCGAACGACACUGAAUUCUACAACAUCAGCUCGAUCAUGAUCUACGACCCCAGCUUGAGUUAUGACGUGGUGCAAGAACAUAUUCCGGUCACAGCAUUUGUCGACUAUUGGCUACCGCUCCUCGAUCUCAAUGCCAGUUUUGUCCAGCAACUGCAUAACAUGUCGGACGCUUGCGGGUACACCGCCUUCAUGGAGGAGAAUCUGGUGUUCCCUCCCAAGGGACCCUUGCCAACACCACCGAACGCCGAUCUCAGCGAUGACUCGUGCGAUACCUUUGACGCGGUCUUCUUCGCGGCGUCGGCCAUCAACCCGUGUUUCGACAUCUACCAAGUGGCGACGACAUGUCCACUGCUGUGGGACGUGCUUGGUUUCCCCGGGUCGUUCGACUACGUCCCUCAAGGAGCCUCGAUCUACUUCAACCGCAGUGACGUGCAGAAGGCCAUCAACGCUCCUCAUCAAGAGUGGAUGGAGUGCACCAAUGUGGACGUGUUUGUCAACAACACGGAUAACUCGCUGCCGUCGGCGCUGAGCGUCCUGCCCGGGGUUAUUGAAAGUGCGGACAGGGUCAUCAUUGGCCACGGUAUUCUCGACAUGAUCCUGCUGUACAACGGUACUUUGCUUGCGAUUCAGAACAUGACGUGGAAUGGUGCUCAGGGGUUCUCGGCUCCUCCCUCACGUUUUGGUGAUAUGUAUGUCCCAUACUACACCGAAUUCGACUUUGAACUGGGGUCGACUGCUGGAUCGGGUUUUAUGGGCAAAUGGCAUACCGAACGAGGAUUGACACUGGCGACGGUUGAGUUGUCUGGACACAUGAUCCCGCAAUACGCUCCAUCUGCGGCAUACAGAAUGCUAGAAUUUUUGUUGGGCCGGAUCCCGAGCCUGGGAACGGUUGGCCCAUUCACGACACUGCAGAGUACGAGCUACUGA